AUGGACACUUGUAAAUGUGUGUGCGUGCGUGCAUAUAUUUGUAAAGCAUAUUCAUCUGAGUCUAGUAAAUGGAGUAAUUUGUUAUUUUUAUUUCUUUCAGUUAUAUAUUCUCAUUUUGCCCAAGACCUUUGGCCAGUGCAGGGCAUAAAAAAUUCUUUCCAAGAAGUCAUAUUGAGAAGAUAUAGAAAAUGUGGACAUGAAGAUUUACAGUUAAGAACAGACUGUAAAAGUGUGGAUGAGUGUAAUCUGUGCAAAGAAGGUUAUAAUGAACUAAACCAGUGUUUGACAACUACCCAGAGUGAAAUAUUUCAAUGUGAUCAAUAUAUGAACGUCUUUUACACAUUGUCAAAUUCAAAUAUACAUAAGAUCAGACAUACUGGAAAGAAAACUUUGAAAUGUAAAAAAUGUGACAAAUCAUUUUGCAUGCUUUUACAUCUAACUCAACAUAAAAGAACUCAUAUUAGGGAGAAUUCUUACCAAUGUGAAGAAUGUGGUAAAGUCUUUAACUGGUUCUCAACCCUUACUAGACACAGAAGAAUUCACACUGGAGAGAAGCCCUACAAAUGUGAAGAAUGUGGCAAAUCAUUUAAGCAGUCUUCAACCCUUACUGCACAUAAGAUAAUUCAUACUGGAGAGAAACCUUACAGAUGUGAAGAAUGUGGCAAAGCCUUCAACCGGUCUUCAUACCUUACUACACAUAAAAGAUUUCAUACUGGCGAGAAACCCUACGGAUGUGAGGAAUGUGGCAAAGCUUUUUACCUAUUCUCACACCUUACAUCACAUAAGAAAUUUCACACUGGAGAGAAACCCUUCAAAUGUGAAGAAUGUGGCAAAGCAUUUAACCACUCCCCAAAACUUACUGUACAUAAGGUAAUUCAUACUGGAGAGAAACCCUACAAAUGUGAAGAAUGUGAUAAAGCCUUUAGUGUAUUCUCAAACCUAUCUAGACAUAAGAGAAUUCAUGGUGGAGAAAAUCCCUACAAAUGUGAAGAAUGUGGCAAAGAUUUUAAACAGUACUCAUACCUUAUUAUACAUAAGAGUAUUCAUACUGGAGAGAAACCCUACAAGUGUAAAGAAUGUGGAAAAGCCUUUAGGGUACAUUCAAUCCUUACUAGACAUAAGAGAAUUCAUGGUAGAGAAAAACCCUACAAAUGUGAAGAAUGUGGCAAGGCUUUUAACCGGUACUCACGCUUCACUAUACGUAAAAGAAUUCAUACUAGAAAGAAACCAUAAAAUGUGAAGAAUGGUGAAGCUGUUAAGCUAUACUCAACCACUAGUGCAUACAAGGUAAUUCA